UUAAUCGAUUUGAUGUCUCACCGCCCGACCGCUCAUAUUUCUUUGAUUACAAAAGGUCAUUGUUAAAGCAUUUACGUGAAAUUGCAUAUUUAUGGCUUCCUAGUAGUGCACAAGAAAGCCUAUGUCAUUUUCUUUUCAAUUCAUAAAGCUAUUCGCUUCCACAAAACUGCCUACAAAACGUUCCUAUCAGAAAAUCACGAACCGUCAAAUCAAAAUGGAGUAUAUCUUCGAAUGUUUCUUCGAGGAUACCUUCGAGAAAAUCACACGUAAUGGCCUCCAGGACCGGUCGUCACGCCGUGAUGUCUUGGAUCAUUUGAACGCCGUAAUUGGUGGCUGCAGUGAUGGACAAAAUAUGCACACAGAGGAAGUCGCUCGCAUGGCCGUGCUUGCUGCGGUUCGCUAUCAUCGCGAAAAAAAGAAUGCCAAUGGUGAUGUGUGUUUAAUGGGAAAAUUUCAUAAUAUUUUGUAUAUUGCCUUACGCACCUGCUGGGAUUGGGGAGUACGAGAUUCCGCCGUGGUGGUCGAGCUUUUGGAAGAAAUUUAUUCAUGCGAAAAGACUUUUGAACGCAUAUUCUUAGGAGCUUUAUUUGGCCCAAAUGCUCCACAUUUUAUAGCAGGCUGGCGUAGUGACUUUCGUGAUCAGGAUGAAAAUAUACGCGCUAUGGUAUAUUUUCUACAUCAUGCCACAAACCUUUGUAUGAAACUGCCAGUAUGGAUAGCGAGAUUCGAACAGGAACGUAUGAUUAGUUUCAUUGAUAUUCCCAUAGAGUCCUGUGGUAAAUCAUCACCUUUACGCGUUGCCUUACAGGCCAGUGCGCCUGAUUUGCUGUUAAUAUUAUUAAGAUAUGGCGCCAAUCCUAACCCACCGGAUGGCGGAGCAUCCGUAGUUGUGUCAUUACUUGACAAACUGACAGAAAAUGGUCGCAAUUACGUAUUUCAGAAUGUGUCCUGCUUGCAAAUUUUAUUACGAAAUAUACCUAUGAUUGAGAUGCCUUACAAGCCAAUGGUCUACAAAGUCAGAAGAGAAAUGUUUUUUGAAAAAUAUGGCCGCCUUUUGAUGGACAAUCUUAUUCCAAAGGAGCAAGUAUAUGGUGUAAUGUCAUUGAGGCAUUUAUGUCGUUGUCGUAUACGUGAUUUGCUGCGUAACAAUGGACAACUACCAGAUGGCAUUGAUACACUACGACUGCCGAGACGUUUGCAACGUUAUAUUGACUUAAUGGAAGAGAUUGAAGGACCCGAAAAUAAUAACUGCAAAAAUCAAAAACAACAAAAGAGUGAAACUGAACAACGGAAUACUGCAGCUGCCUGUACGAGUGCACAUACUAGCAGGAGCAGUAGUUGUAGUGGUGGCGGUGACGGUGGCGGUAACGGCGGCACCGAUGGUGGGAAAGAUAUUGGAGCUGAUGCUGAAUGCAAUAGUGAAAGUGAAAAUGAUACCAAAAUAAUAGAGCAACCUUUGAAAGUUUAGAAGUUCUAAAGUUGUUUUUAUGGUGUCACAAAAAGAUUCCCUUUCGUCCUUUCCCCUUUUUCGUUUUAUAUCUUUUAAUUUCAUUUAUUUACUUUUGUAGCUUUUGUAACUUUCAGUGAAAAUGUUUGCCAUUUUUCUAAUUCUUUU